UAAAAGUACCUUAAAAGAAAGAUAUAACAGAAACAAGAAUGGAUCUAGCACACAUACUACACAUGAAUGGAGGCGUCGAUGAAGCAAGCUAUGCAAACAACUCCUCACUUCAGCGAACGACAAUUUCUUUGGCAAAACCUUCGAGACUCAGAGCCAUAACCAACCUGUAUUGCAGCUUGUUUCCUAGAAGCUUAGCCGUUGCAGACUUGGGUUGUUCUUCUGGACUAAAUACUUUGUUGGUGAUCUCGGAGAUUAUAAAUGUUGUGGAAAAGCUUUGUCAAGAGUUGAAUCAUGAAUCUCCCGAAUAUAAGGUAUUUUUGAACGAUCUACCCGGAAACGAUUUCAACAACGUAUUUAGGUCCCUUGAGACCUUCAAAGAAAAACUUUGUAAUGAAAUUGGUCCUUGCUACUUCUUUGGUGUUCCCGGUUCCUUUUAUGGCAGAAUUUUUCCUUACCAAAGUUUGCAUUUUAUUCAUGCCUCUUGCAGUCUUCAUUGGCUCUCUAAGGUCCCUAAGGGUGUAGACAACAAUAAGGGCAACAUUUACUUGGCGACCACAAGCCCCUCAAAUGUCUUCAAGGCUUACUAUGAGCAAUUUCAUAGAGAUUUAUCUCUUUUUCUAAAGUGUCGUGCCCAAGAACUAGUUGAAGGGGGUUGCAUGGUUAUAACAUUUUUAGUAAGAGAAUGCGACAAUCCAUCUAGUUACGGUUGGGAACUUUUGGCUAUGGCUCUUAAUGAUAUGGUUAUGCAGGGAAUCAUAGAAGAAGAGAAACUCAAUACUUUCAACAUUCCUAUCUAUUUUCCAUCUCCAUCUGAAAUAAAAGUGGAAGUUCUAACUGAAGAAUCAUUUGACAUUAAUGGAUUUCAAGUUUCGCAAGUAAAUAGGAAUGAUCUUGAUAAUUGCAAUGCAGUUGACUUAUUUCAAAUGUCUGAAACACUUGCAAAAUGUGCAAGAGCUGUGAUUGAACCUUUGCUUAUUAGUCAUUUUGGUGAAGGUGUGACUGAAGAGGUAUUUAACCGCUAUAAAAACAUUUUACAAGGUGGAAUAUUCAAAGAGAAAAAUGAGGCCACCAAUCUUACCAUAACGUUGACUAAAAAACCAUGAGGAAGACAUGUUUGUUUGGGUUUAAUAUUUGCUAAAUCAUUUUUAAAAAGGUGUGGGUCAUUUUUUAUAAAGACACAAGUGGUGUGUCCUCUGAGCUUAACUCAGUUGAUAGGGACAAUGCGUAAUAUAUGUAAGGUCUGGAGUUUAAACCCGACUACACCAGGAAAGACACAAGUGGUGUGGGUCACUUAGAAGUCGUAAAAUGAUCCUAUUCUAUUUAAUUAAGUUAUGUGGGACUGGUCAAUGGGUAAGUUGUACUCUCAUUAGUGUUUAGCAUUUACCUUUGUUUCUUUAGGUUAUUUGGAUCUUGUUUGUAAAAGUUUGAGUAUCAUCAUUAUACGAUUUGUUUUUUAUAUUUAA